AUGGCAGACUCAAAUUCAACUCCAACCACCUUCCUCAGCCUCCCACCAGAACUUCGAAAUGAGAUCUACAAGCUCGCUAUCGACUACGACGAUGAGAUCUGCGUCACUGGCAAGAGCGAACGCGACUUGCAUGCCACCAAUGCGCGCGGCGCCGCCGUACUACGCAGCUGCCGUCAAGUGCACGACGAGCUCGUCGCCAUCCUCUACGGCAGCAACACCUUCGUCUUCACUGAACAUGGCGCGCUUCUCACCUUUCUUCGCGUCGCCGGAGCACACACCAAACACCUUCGCAAGGUCUCCGUCAAGUGGAUCUGGAGCUCUGACAUCAGGGAGUGCCUGAUACUACUCAGAGAGGCGACACAACUCGAGAUGCUGGAGUUGCCGUGCGCGGCUGUUUCGAUGUAUUACAGCACCAAGUCGGCGGUUAGUCUGAUGCAGGGACUACUGCAGAUGCAUGAGAAGGCAGGAACGGAGGCGGUGUUGGAUGUGGUUCGCUUCACGCAGGAACCUCCACCGAAGUCCGCAUUCUUGUACCCGAACUUUAGGACUGACGACUCCUACGUCCGCGCUCUUCGUAGCAUGUUGGCAAAGGCUCUGCAGCUGCCUGGAAAGCACUAG